AAAGGCUCCGCGUGCUGGCUGCCAACGCUGACCUCCCGGCUUGGAGGCAGCGAGAAUACCUGCCACUGUCCGCUUUCCUUUGGUGGUCCGCUCACAACUAGUCCCGCCUGGAGAUGGCAGACGAUCUUGGAGACGAGUGGUGGGAGAACCAGCCUGCAGGAGCAGACCGCAGCCCAGAAGCAUCAGGUGAUGAAGGAGGAGGAGACCCAGAAAUGAUGCAGCAAGAGACAGCUCCAGUUCCUGCCCUGUCAAAGAAAACCGAACAGCCUAAAGAAUGUUUCUUGAUACAACCAAAGGAAACAAAAGAAGAUGCCACCAAGACAAGGAGGAGAAGAAAGAAGAAAAUUACUGAUGUUCUUGCAAAAUCAGAGCCAAAACCAGGGACCCCUGAAGACCUACAGAAGUUGAUGAAGGACUAUUACAGCAGCAGUCGCUCAGUGAUUGAAUUAGAAGAACUAAACCUACCAGACUCCUGUUUCCUCAAGGCCAAUGAUUUGACUCAUAGUCUUUCAUCAUACCUAAAAGAAAUCUGCCCUAAGUGGGUAAAACUUCGGAAGAACCAUAAUGAGAAGAAAUCGGUCCUGAUGCUGAUCAUCUGUAGCUCUGCUAUCCGGGCCUUGGAGCUCAUUAGGUCAAUGACAGCAUUCAGAGGAGACAGCAAAGUUAUGAAAUUAUUUGCAAAACACAUAAAGGUCCAGGAGCAGGUAAAGUUGCUGGAGAAGCGUGCUGUGCACCUGGGUGUAGGAACACCAGGGAGAAUUAAAGAACUCAUUAAACAAGGUGGCCUUAAUUUGAACCCCUUAAAGUUCCUGGUUUUUGACUGGAACUGGAGAGAUCAGAAGUUGAGAAGGAUGAUGGACAUUCCCGAGAUAAGAAAGGAAGUUUUUGAACUUCUGGAAAUGGGAGUCCUCAGUCUAUGCAAGUCUGAAUCUUUGAAGCUGGGCCUUUUCUAAGUCUGGGUCCUAAUGAAAAUUCCAGUUUUUAUGGUGGGAUUUGCAUCUCAUUUAAUGGCUCUGGAAUACUGCAAGGACUCAGUAAAUAUCAGCUGUUGUUUUAUUAUGUUAACUGCAUCACCAGAUGAAUCACUAGAAAUUUUUGGUGGAGAUUCUUUGACAAAAAUGAAGCUGUCCUUUGCCAACUUCUUUGUAUAAUAAAGUAUCAUCAGCUUGUAUAUGAUUUUUGUUGAGCAGACUGAAUUUUUCUUUCACCA